UUUAUUUUGGCGACAUAUUAAAACCAGGAACUAGUAGGAAAGAAAUCUGACUUUUCAUGUGUCGAUUUUCACUCUUAUAUUUCGAAGAUGACACGGGCCAAACCAGAGGAUGAUGAGUACUGGAACAGCUCCAAAUUUAAAGCGUUCACAUUUGAUGAUGAAGACGAUGAGUUUUCACAGCUGAAAGAGUCCAAACGGGCCGUGAACAGCAUCCUGGUGGACGAUGAUGAUGAGGAUGAGGAUGAUGUUGAGAGAGUCAGCUGGAGUGGGGAACCUGUGGGAAGCAUCUCUUGGUCGGUGAAGGAAACUGCCUCCAGUAUCCGCUCAGGCAGUGAGCAGAGCUUUCCCAAAAUAGACACCACUCCUUCACUGUCCAAACAGGGGUCUGGAUACUCCCUGAGCUCCCUGUUUAAAGCAAAGAGCAAACCUGGUGCUUUCCAGUCCUUCUCCGAGUCUUUUAGCGACACAUCUUCUAGAACAUACGCACCAGAACUGAGGAAGCCCAAGUCAGAUGGAAAGGAUGUUGUCAGUGACCUGAGUCCUGAGGAAACCGUGAGGAGAAUGCAGAAAGGACGGGCAUUUUCCCUAGAAAAGUUCCGCUCUCUGCAGGACAAACUUCUGCUGCUGGAUGAAGCAGUUGCUGUUUAUGAUGGCAACGUCAUCACUGCUGUCUUGAUAUUUUUAAAAAAGUCAUUAAGUAAAGAAAUCCUCUUUCGAGAGUUAAUGGCGAGAGAUGUGGCUUUGCGUCAUUAUGUUCACUAUUUAAAAGAGAUGGGAGAGCAAAAGCUUUUGGUCGAGUUACUGAAGGCUCUUGGCAGGACAGAAGAUAUGGCGUUGAUGCAUUACAAAGAACACUUAAAUAUUAAGGAUGAAGGUCGAAGAAGAGACUUCCUCAAAAGUUGUCUCAGCCUUCCUUUCUCUCAAGAUGACGCCACUUACGUUCAAGACCACUAUACACUCCUCGAGAGGCAAAUAAUCAUAGAGGCUAGUGACAAGAAGGCAGUUGCAGAAAUCUUUAAGAAGUUCCCUAGAAAAGCGUCCAUCCUUAAUAUGCCAAUCAUCACCACACUGUACUACUCCUGCUUUUACCAUUAUGGAGAGUCAGAGGGAACUUUUAGCAGCCCUUCGAACAUUAGAAAAACUUUCCGGAUUUCAGAAAAGCAGUACAUUCUCACGGCUCUUGGCGCAAGAGCGAAGUUGAAGUCCUGGUUUGAUGUGGAUAGUCUGUUCAACACCAAGAACUGGCUGGGAUACACCAAGAAAAGAUCUCCCAUUGGCUUUCACAGAGUGGUGGACAUCCUGCAUAAGAACAGCGCCCCUGUACAGGUGCUGCAGGAGUAUGUGAACCUCAUCGACGACCCAGACCUCAAACUCAGCGGGGCUCUGAAAUAUAAAUGCCAUGAUAUCGUCAUCAAUACAUACAGAGACCUGAAGGACCGGCAGCAGCUUAUCGUUUACAGAGAGAAGCUGGAACGAGACUCGCCUGAAUACAGGAAGAUCCAGGAUCUCCUUAAUAACGUGCAAAUCAGAUGGAAAAACUGACACUUGGAUCCUGACACGAGGCAGUGGUGGGCAGAUGUUUGUCAGAGCUCUUUAAUAGACAAUGUUACACAAAAAACACUAUGAAGCUGCUUAAUACGGAGUUAAUCCUGAACAAACAGGACUGAGAUCCUCACAGGAAUCGAACAUUUCAGAGAACCAGUGGAGUGAGUCAUUCUGAGUGAUUCUUUUGCAAAUGUAUCUGUUCAGUAUGAUUAAACUGCCAAGUGUCCUUCUGCCAACUCUACAGGUGAACAUUUCUAAAGAAAUAAGGGAGGCUAUCAGUGGUUGCUGACGUGAACAUACUCUUCAACCCCUCACACCUUUUUGUUUGCCUGUAUAUGGAUUUUUGAACAUUCCUCACCCCUCUUUUUUAUUUUUUAUUAAAAAUAAUACGAUACUGAACUGUUUAUACAGGUUUUCUGGUAUGAAGAAAAGAAUAUGACUGAAGAUUUGAAUCUUGGUAAGAUAAAAGCUGUUAAAGAUGUUUUGACUGUUUCGACAGUACAGAUUUGACUUGAUUGCAGGGUAACCACACAGUUUCUGUAAACGGAGGAUGGUUUCUAACCACAAAUUGAGUGCAUGGUAGCAGUAUGAGCCAGGAAGUUCCCCUGUGGCGUCAUUUUGGAUCAUAAAAUAAACUGUGUGUCACAUAACCUUUUUCAUUGGA